AUGGGUCUUUGGAAUAUGGUUGAGCUGAUAUUUUCGCGCCAUAUUUUUGAUCUCCGAGGGGGCGGUUGGCUAGCCAUAGUGACCUUUCAGAGAUCCUUGAGCUCAGCUGAAGAGGAUUUCCGGCAACUUCAAGCCCUGGAUAGACAGAUCAAGUCUUUCAAUGUCGGACCAAAUCCGUACACAUGGUUCACGAUGGAUGCCCUCGAAGAUACAUGGCGUAACUUGCAAAGAAUCAUUAAGGAUCGUGAAGUUGAGCUACAGAGGGAAAAUGCCCGUCAGGAGGAAAAUGACCGAUUGCGCCGAGACUUCGCCAAACUCGCCAAUGUUUUUCAUAACUGGUUGACACAAACCCGCCAGGAAAUGAUGGAAGCUAGUGGAUCUCUUGAAGAACAGCUCGAAGUUUUAAAACGGAAAGCUGGCGAAAUUCGAGCGAACAAAACACAAUUGCGAAAAAUUGAAGAGCAAGGUGCUAUGCUGGAAAGGAAUUUGAUCCUAGACAAUAGGUAUACUGAACAUUCGACCGUCGGCCUGGCCCAAGCUUGGGACCAACUCGAUCAGCUUGCUAUGCGAAUGCAGCAUAAUCUCGAACAACAAAUACAAGCUCGCAAUCAAUCUGGUGUCACUGAAGAGGCGUUGCGCGAGUUCUCGAUGAUGUUCAAGCACUUCGACAAGGAAAAAUGCGGACGUUUGGAUCACCAGCAAUUCAAGAGUUGUCUGCGAGCGCUUGGCUACGAUCUUCCGAUGGUGGAUGAGGGCCAGCCCGAGCCAGAAUUCAAUCGCAUCCUGGAUAUUGUUGAUCCCAAUCGUGACGGUUACGUCACUUUGCAAGAGUAUAUGGCGUUCAUGAUCAGCAAAGAAACCGAGAAUAUCCAGUCCUCGGAGGAGAUCGAAAUGGCCUUCCGUGCACUGUCCAAAGAAUUCCGUCCUUAUGUUACUGCCGAGGAGCUUUACGCGAACCUCACUACGGAACAAGCCGAGUAUUGUAUCAAGAGGAUGAAACCAUACACGGACGCGAUUUCCGGUCGUUCAAUCCAAGGCGGUCUCGAUUACGAGCAAUUUGUGCAUGCGCUCUUCCAAAGUUGA